AUGGCUCUGAUCAUGGAACCCGUGAGCAAAUGGUCUCCGAGUCAAGUAGUGGACUGGAUGAAAGGUCUUGAUGACUGUUUGCAGCAGUAUAUUAAGAACUUCGAGAGGGAGAAGAUCAGUGGAGACCAGCUGCUGCGCAUUACACAUCAGGAGCUAGAAGAUCUGGGGGUCAGCCGCAUUGGCCAUCAGGAAUUGAUCUUGGAAGCAGUUGACCUUCUGUGUGCACUGAAUUAUGGCUUGGAAACAGAAAAUCUAAAAACCCUUUCUCACAAGCUGAAUGCAUCUGCCAAAAAUCUACAGAAUUUUAUAACAGGGAGGAGAAGGAGUGGCCAUUAUGAUGGGAGAACCAGCCGAAAAUUGCCAAAUGACUUUCUGACUUCGGUUGUGGAUCUGAUAGGAGCAGCCAAGAGUCUGCUUGCCUGGUUGGACAGGUCACCAUUUGCUGCCGUCACAGACUAUUCAGUUACAAGGAAUAAUGUCAUACAGCUCUGCUUGGAAUUGACAACAAUUGUGCAACAGGACUGUACUGUGUAUGAAACAGAGAAUAAAAUUCUUCAUGUGUGUAAAACUCUUUCUGGAGUCUGUGACCACAUCAUAUCCCUGUCAUCGGAUCCUCUGGUUUCACAGUCUGCACACCUAGAAGUGAUUCAGCUGGCAAACAUCAAACCAAGUGAAGGGCUGGGUAUGUAUAUUAAAUCAACAUAUGAUGGCCUCCAUGUAAUUACUGGAACUACAGAAAAUUCACCUGCAGAUCGGUGCAAGAAAAUCCACGCUGGCGAUGAAGUGAUUCAAGUUAAUCAUCAGACUGUGGUGGGGUGGCAGUUGAAAAAUUUGGUGAAUGCACUACGAGAGGACCCGAGUGGUGUUAUCUUAACUUUGAAAAAGCGACCUCAGAGCAUGCUUACCUCAGCACCAGCUUUACUGAAAAAUAUGAGAUGGAAGCCCCUUGCUCUGCAGCCUCUUAUACCUAGAAGUCCCACAAGCAGCGUUGCCACGCCUUCCAGCACCAUCAGUACACCAACCAAAAGAGACAGUUCUGCUCUCCAGGAUCUCUACAUUCCCCCUCCUCCUGCAGAACCAUAUAUUCCCAGGGAUGAAAAAGGAAACCUUCCUUGUGAAGACCUCAGAGGACAUAUGGUUGGCAAGCCAGUGCAUAAAGGAUCUGAAUCACCAAAUUCAUUUCUGGAUCAGGAAUAUAGAAAGAGGUUUAAUAUUGUUGAGGAAGAUACUGUCUUGUAUUGCUAUGAAUAUGAAAAAGGAAGAUCAAGUAGUCAAGGAAGACGAGAAAGCACCCCGACUUAUGGCAAGCUACGACCUAUAUCUAUGCCAGUGGAAUAUAAUUGGGUGGGGGACUAUGAAGAUCCAAAUAAGAUGAAGAGAGAUAGUAGAAGAGAAAACUCCCUACUCCGAUAUAUGAGCAAUGAAAAAAUUGCUCAAGAAGAAUACAUGUUUCAGAGAAACAGCAAAAAAGACACAGGGAAGAAGUCUAAAAAGAAGAGUGAUAAGAGUAAUAGCCCGACUCACUAUUCAUUGCUACCUAGUUUGCAAAUGGAUGCACUGAGACAGGACAUCAUGGGCACGCCUGUGCCAGAGACCACACUAUACCAUACAUUUCAGCAGUCCUCACUGCAGCACAAAUCAAAGAAGAAAAACAAAGGUCCUAUAGCUGGCAAGAGCAAAAGAAGAAUUUCUUGCAAAGAUCUUGGCCGGGGUGAUUGUGAAGGUUGGCUUUGGAAAAAGAAAGAUGCAAAGAGUUAUUUUUCACAGAAAUGGAAGAAAUACUGGUUUGUCCUAAAGGAUGCAUCCCUAUAUUGGUAUAUUAAUGAGGAGGAUGAAAAAGCAGAAGGAUUCAUCAGUCUGCCUGAAUUUAAAAUUGAUAGAGCCAGUGAAUGCCGCAAGAAAUAUGCAUUCAAAGCCUGUCAUCCUAAAAUCAAAAGCUUUUAUUUUGCUGCUGAGCAUCUUGAUGAUAUGAACAGGUGGCUUAACAGAAUCAAUAUGCUGACUGCGGGAUAUGCAGAAAGAGAGAGGAUUAAGCAAGAACAAGAUUACUGGAGUGAGAGUGACAAGGAAGAAGCAGAUACUCCAUCAACACCCAAACAGGACAGCCCUCCACCGCCCUACGAUACAUACCCACGGCCUCCCUCUAUGAGUUGUGCCAGUCCUUACGUGGAAGCAAAACACAGCCGGCUCUCGUCCACUGAGACCUCCCAGUCACAGUCCUCCCAUGAGGAGUUUCGCCAGGAAGUGACCGGGAGCAGUGCGGUGUCCCCCAUUCGGAAGACAGCCAGUCAGCGCCGCUCCUGGCAGGAUUUAAUUGAGACGCCCCUGACAAGCUCAGGAUUACACUAUCUUCAGACUCUGCCCCUGGAGGAUUCUGUCUUCUCCGACUCCGCGGCCAUCUCCCCAGAGCACAGGCGACAGUCCACUCUUCCAACUCAGAAGUGCCACCUACAGGAUCACUAUGGGCCGUACCCUUUGGCCGAGAGCGAGAGGAUGCAAGUGUUAAAUGGAAAUGGAGGCAAGCCUCGAAGUUUUACUCUGCCUCGAGAUAGCGGGUUCAACCACUGCUGUCUGAACGCACCGGUUAGUGCCUGUGACCCGCAGGAUGACGUGCAGCCCACAGAGGUGGAGGAAGAGGAGGAGGAGGAGGAGGAGGAAGGGGAGGCAGCAGGGGAAAACAUAGGAGACAAAAGUGAAAGUAGGGAAGAAAAGUUAGGAGAUUCAUUGCAAGAUUUAUACAGGGCAUUGGAGCAAGCCAGUCUGUCACCGCUGGGAGAACACCGCAUUUCAACCAAGAUGGAAUACAAGCUAUCAUUUAUAAAGAGAUGUAAUGACCCUGUGAUGAAUGACAAACUACACAGGCUGAGAAUUCUCAAAAGCACUUUAAAGGCCAGAGAAGGGGAAGUAGCCAUUAUUGAUAAAGUCCUAGACAAUCCAGACUUGACAUCUAAAGAAUUCCAACAAUGGAAGCAGAUGUACCUGGAUCUUUUCUUGGAUAUCUGUCAAAACACCACCUCAAAUGACCCAUUAAGUAUUUCUUCUGAAGUAGAUGCAAUCACUUCCUCUCUCACACACACUCACUCGUACAUUGAAACACAUGUGUAA